AGAUCGAAUUUACUUUUCACCAUACACACAUACAAACCACAGCUUGCCACGAAAGUCUUCUUGAUAAGACUCUUUCAUUUUAGAUACCCCCAUAAUCUUUCCGCAAAUCCUCCAGAUCCUCUAUUCAACAUGGCACCAGCCAUUGGUAUCGAUCUAGGUACUACCUACUCCUGUGUGGGCAUCUACCGAGAUGACCGCAUUGAAAUCAUUGCCAACGACCAGGGCAACCGAACCACUCCCUCCUUCGUCGCUUUCACAGACACCGAGCGUCUUAUUGGUGAUGCAGCCAAGAACCAAGUCGCCAUGAACCCCCAUAACACAGUCUUCGAUGCUAAGCGAUUGAUCGGACGAAAGUUCGCAGACGCUGAGGUGCAGGCUGAUAUGAAACACUUCCCAUUCACCGUCAUUGACAAGGGCGGCAAGCCUGUCAUCGAGGUUGAGUUCAAGGGCGAGAAGAAACACUUCACACCUGAAGAAAUCUCAUCCAUGGUCCUGACCAAGAUGAGAGAAACUGCAGAGUCAUAUCUCGGUGGCACAGUCAACAACGCCGUCGUCACAGUCCCAGCCUACUUCAACGAUUCACAGCGUCAAGCCACAAAGGAUGCCGGUCUCAUUGCUGGUCUCAACGUCCUCCGUAUCAUCAACGAACCUACCGCAGCUGCCAUUGCCUACGGUCUCGAUAAGAAGGCCACCGGUGAGCGCAAUGUCCUGAUCUUCGAUCUUGGUGGCGGUACUUUCGAUGUCUCCCUCCUUACCAUCGAAGAGGGUAUCUUCGAAGUCAAGUCCACUGCUGGUGACACUCACUUGGGUGGUGAGGACUUUGACAACCGUCUGGUCAACCACUUCGUCAAUGAGUUCAAAAGAAAGCACAAGCGCGACCUCAGCACCAACGCCCGAGCCCUUCGACGUCUCCGAACCGCUUGUGAGCGUGCGAAGCGCACCCUUUCCAGCUCCGCUCAGACCUCCAUUGAAAUCGACUCGCUCUAUGAAGGCAUCGACUUCUACACCUCCAUCACCCGUGCUCGAUUCGAAGAGCUUUGCCAAGACCUCUUCCGCUCCACCAUGGACCCUGUUGAGCGCGUCCUCCGCGAUGCUAAGAUCGACAAGUCCUCUGUCGACGAGAUCGUCUUGGUCGGUGGUUCCACCCGUAUUCCCAAGAUCCAGAAGCUUGUUUCCGACUUCUUCAAUGGCAAGGAGCCCAACAAGUCAAUCAACCCUGACGAGGCUGUCGCCUAUGGUGCUGCUGUCCAAGCCGCUAUCCUGUCUGGUGACACUUCUUCCAAAUCGACCAACGAAAUCCUACUUCUUGACGUUGCGCCGUUGUCUCUCGGUAUUGAGACCGCUGGUGGUGUCAUGACUGCCCUCAUUAAGCGAAACACUACCAUCCCCACCAAGAAGUCCGAGACCUUCUCCACUUUCUCCGACAACCAGCCUGGUGUGCUUAUUCAAGUCUACGAGGGUGAGCGUGCCCGCACCAAGGACAACAACCUGCUCGGCAAGUUCGAACUGUCUGGCAUCCCACCUGCUCCUCGUGGUGUUCCUCAAAUUGAGGUCACUUUCGAUCUUGAUGCCAAUGGAAUCAUGAACGUCUCUGCCCUCGAGAAGGGUACCGGCAAGUCCAACAAGAUUGUCAUCACCAACGACAAGGGUCGUCUGUCCAAGGAAGAGAUCGAGCGUAUGCUUUCUGAGGCCGAGAAGUACAAGGCUGAAGACGAGGCUGAGGCUGGACGUAUCAGCUCCAAGAACGCUCUCGAGUCAUACGCAUACUCUCUCAAGAACACUCUGUCAGACUCCAAGGUUGACGAGAAGCUUGACGCAUCUGACAAGGAGAAGCUCAAGGCUGAGAUCGACAAGACCAUCUCUUGGUUGGAUGAGAACCAGACCGCCACCAAGGAGGAGUACGAGUCUCAACAGAAGGAGCUUGAAGGUGUUGCCAACCCCAUCAUGAUGAAAUUCUACGGUGCUGGCGGUGAAGGUGGUAUGCCAGGUGGUAUGCCCGGUGGUGGCAUGCCUGGCGGUCCAGGUGGCUUCCCUGGCGCCGGUGGUGCUGGUGGCCACGGUGGAGAUGAUGGCCCAACUGUCGAGGAGGUUGACUAAAUGUCUUCCUGACCAAACAAAAGCAUUGAGCGAAUGUUUUUAAAUGUCAAUCAUACCGGCGUUGGCGUUUUCGGCGGCAAAAUGGAACAUGAUACCUUUUGCAUGGCAUAGAAUUUCAGCAUGAGUGGUAAUGAAGCUGGGAUGGAUUUUCUCUGUCCAGAAAGAUCAGAGAUGCUGCAUGAUGCAGCUUAGAAUAGCUCUUUUCAAUAAAACGAAUUCAAAAAUAA